GCAUUUCUUCACCCCUCUGCGGUGGGUAGUGGUGGUGGUGGCGGCGCGUGCGACCUGACCCGAGUGCGCUCCGCCUCAUCAUCAUAAUAUAUCCACAAAUACUAUCACUGUACUGUAUAAGACCAGUACUAUGCAACCAGAGGCCACCGAGAACCAGUCCCCAAGACAACAGUCUCCUUCAGAGUUUCUCACCAUGGGUUUAGUGGAUAAAUUUGCGCUAAAGGUGGUGGUUGGAGUCCAAUUUGUUUUAACAGUAUGGGCUUCCAUGGGGGGAUGGAUCGACUCUGGUUACGUGUACAUGAACUCUAUUAUCUUGAUCACAGGCCUAAUGGCAAUUAUGAUGCCCGAAUCGCCAGAGAGUGUAUUUAUGAUGUUAAUAUUUGAGAUCCUCAGCAUCUUAAUGGAUAUUAUCUUCCUGGGCAUCUACUUUCCUCGGAUACACUGUGUUGAAGUGAACUGUUCUACAAUGAGAUUCGGAGCUGGUAUGUGCAUAUUGAAUCUCCUGCUGAAACCUGUUGCUAUAUACCUGCUCUUCCGAGAGUACAACAGACGGGGCGGGGACUACGGCGACCUCAACUUCCCCAACCCGACCGUGAGGGGGUACGAGAACAUCGACCAGUCCCUCCCGACGAACAACCAAGUAGAGGAGGCCCAUCCCCCUGCGUCCAUCGAUAAACCUUACACCCCUCUUCCGCAAUAGACCGGUCCAGCCAUAGGUAUUUGGGGAUAGAUGCUGGGUGAUUAGUCUGCAGGCACAGACCUUUGUUUUUCUUUCGCAAUUUGCAUAGUGCACACUGCAGGGUCUGAGGUAGGAAGACUAGAUUCACUCCUGGACUUUGACCAACAGACAGAAAGUUUGGAGUCUAUAGUCUUCACUCUUGACAAUGUAAUGUAUAAUUUAUUAAAGUGUCAAAUUUGAGUCUGGGCUUGCAGACUACUAGGUGAUUGGGGUCAGCAGUGGUGUGAGCUUCAUUGAUCUUAUAGUAGCCGAUGUGUCGCUAGGUGGGGCAAAGGAUAUUUUCAUGUUGGGUAUGUCUUGGUUCUGGUGCAUCCUUGUUUCCUUUCUGUGACCUGCCCAUUUUUUUCUUUAAAAGUAUGAGUCCUUCUGGUAGGGGACUACCUGAUGUUGCAACGGCACUUCUUAGAUUAUGACUGGUUAAAACCAUGCUUACUUUCCUUUUGUAAUGUUGAAAAAUGAAUGUUCCACAUCACAGUUUAUUCUAGGAAUAAACCACUUUGCUUGGGACUGUAUAGAUUUUUAAGGAAAGUGUUGGUCUGGACAAAGAAAAUUUAGUGUUUUAACUAUGAAAUAAAGCAAACUGUAAACUUGAACCAGUAUUGGUUAGAAGUUUGUAAAACCUGCCUGUACCAAUUCAGGGUUUGGGAGUUGAGGAUUAUUUUCUUAUGUAUAUUUAUACUGAGUAUGUUCUGAAAUUAGAGUAAAUGCUAAGAAGGUCAACAACUUUUUUUCUUCGCUACCUACUACUCAUCCCCCUUUUUUUCUACUUACUACUUAUCCCUUUUUAUAAAUGGUUACAAAGCUGCUGCCAAACUCGUUCAUGGAUACCAUUUUUUGUAAUGUGCGUAGAGAUUCCUUAUUAGAAUCAGAAACAUUUCCCAGUUCUGAAUCUUGGCCAAAAAUGCCACUUUGCAGAAAUAAUUGUUUUUUGUUUUAGAUAGAUAUAAGUCAUUUUAUGUAACUUGAUUUUAUUCAAUUUCCACUCUUAAUGAGAUGGACACCUGGUUGGAUGGUAUUUUGCAAUAUGCAUUGUGGCAUGCUAAUGCUUUACCAAACAUUAUCUUGUUGUAGACUAUAGAGGGCAGUAUUUCACCAUGCAGCUCCAGAGAAAUAAAAUGUUAUUUCUCUGUUCCAGAGUGGUAUAUCAAGAGAGUAAUGCCAGAGAAAAAUAUUUCAUGUUGGCUAUUUAUUUCAUGAAGAGUCUAAUGCUUCAUUGGUAUUGUGUACAUAGAGGUAAUUUUUCAGAGGAGCCUAGAAUGCCAUUUUAUAAAUAUAUACCUUGUUGAGUUCUAUAUGUAAGCAGGGAAUAACUUUGCUUUACACAUUUGAAUAGCAUUUUUGGUCAUAAGAGAAAAGCUCUCAACUUAUAUGUACAGUCCUAUGUAAAAAUAUGCUAUACAAAAUACUUUAUGCAUAGCAGUCUUUCAAAAAUUGUGGAGCAAAUUGCGCUGCGAUACCAGGAAAAUUGUUCCCUGGUAAGGCAUUAAUACAUGUGUUACCACAAUCUUCAUGAAUACACUUAUGCCAUGAACAUCAUCUAAAUGUUACACAGGGUCUGAAGGCAAUAGGUGGGUUUGAAAGUAUUGGCCAAAAAUAAUAUUUAGGAAUUUACAUUGUCAAGAAAAUUAAUUGAUAUUCCAGGGCCCCGUAACACAAAGGUUAG